AUGAAUCGACCAUCACACGAAGAUGACGGCUGGGACCACCCGGAAUGGAAUCAGAAUCCACCUGCGCUGGCUGGAGACAUGACCACGAGAAAUGACUUGAAUGGCAUUGUCAAUUCUCGACAAAACCGUGACCGGAGGAUAGAUGAUGACGACUUAAAUCGCAUCCAUCCAGAGCCGUACGAACUCACCGAUAUGAAUGAGAAAGGCAAGAGCCUGCCUCGGGUCACGGAAGACCCGUACCCUGGCCCUAGUGGCCAACAAAUGGAACGCUUGUCGUCUUCGUCGACAUUGCGUUCCAACGAGAUGCCUGUGUCUGAUGGCAGGCAUCUCGGCAAACGCAUCAAGGACGUUCUGGCCAAAUAUGCGAAAUUCGUCGGUCCAGGCGUCAUGGUGUCGGUUGCUUAUAUCGAUCCUGGAAACUAUUCUACUGAUGUUGCAGCUGGCGCUUCUUUCCGGUUUAAGCUUCUUUUCAUAGUCUUCAUGUCCAACCUUUUUGCAGUCUACCUGCAAUGCUUGUGCGUCAAGUUGGGCUCAGUCACCGGCAUGAAUCUGGCAGAGAUGAUCAGAGCUCACUGUCCUCGAUGGCUGAACUGGAUUCUUUACCUUUUCGGAGAGGCAGCCAUUAUCUGCACGGAUAUUGCAGAAGUGAUCGGUACUGCUAUUGCUCUGAAUCUUCUUUUCCAUAUCCCUUUGGUAGCUGGCUGUGCCAUAUCCAUUGCGGACGUCCUUGUGAUUCUAUUAUUCUACAAACCGAAUGGCACUGUGCGAGGCGUGAGAAUCUUUGAAGGCUUCGUUGCUUUGUUGGUACUUGGUGUUGUGGUAUGCUUUUGCUACCAGCUUUCCUUGAUUACCAACACGUCGGUUGGUGAUGUCUUCCGUGGCUAUCUUCCAUCUUCAGCUAUAGUCAAAUCCCAAGGCCUGUACCAGUCAUGUGGUAUUCUGGGUGCAACUGUCAUGCCUCACUCGCUCUAUCUAGGCUCGGGAAUUGUACAGCCUCGCCUCAAGGAAUAUGAUAUGCAACACAACAAUAUCCCGGCACCCUCCGAUGACGACGAUGAUAGUGGCCCGGCUAAGUACCGUCCCAGUGUGGCUGCUGUCAAAUCUUGCAUGAAAUAUUCCAUCGUCGAGCUGUCAACAUCUCUCUUCAUCUUCGCCUUGUUCGUCAACAGCGCCAUUCUUAUCGUCGCAGGAGCUUCGCUUUACAACACCGAUGCCGCUACUGCUGAUCUGUUUGGCAUCCACAAGCUGUUGGCUCAUCAACUCGCUCCCGUAGCAGGAACGAUUUUCGCUCUUGCUCUACUUCUUUCUGGUAUCUCAGCUGGUAUCGUCUGUACGAUCGCAGGUCAGAUGAUCUGCGAGGGGCAGUUGACAUGGUCAGUCAAGCCCUGGGUACGCCGCUUGAUGACACGUUCCAUCUCCAUCACACCUUCCAUCAUCAUCGCUGGUGCCGUGGGUGCAGAGGGGCUCUCCGCCGCGCUUGAUGGCUCGCAGGUUGCUCUGAGUGUUAUUCUGCCUUUUGUCAGUGCACCUCUGAUCUACUUUACCUGUCGUGAGAGAUACAUGACCAUGUCUGCGAGCAACGGCGACCUCAUCAGUAUGCGCAACCACUGGUUCACUGCUAUUAUUGCGGUCCUCAUCUGGCUUGUCAUUGUCGUUAUGAACGUCGCGCUUUUGGUAUUGUUGGGUUUGGGAGAG